AUGUUCGAGCCCCAUCUCGACCAUCAGGCCGGAUCCUCGUCGUCCUACCACGACGAUGACAAGCCAUCCCUCCUCGAUGAGCUGGAUAAGAUUGCGCCGAUCAAAAGCUUUGAUGCCUUCCCGAAGGUCCAAUCAACGUAUACCGUGCGCUCACGCCGAGGAGGCGUGUUGACUGCCCUCGUUUGCUCGAUAAUCUUCCUCCUGGUCUUGAAUGACCUAGGCGAGUUUCUCUACGGCGCGCCAGACUAUUCUUUCCGCGUCGAUCCCGGAAUUGGCCACGACCUUCAACUAAACGUCGACCUGACUGUUGCCAUGCCAUGUCGCUAUCUUUCGAUUGACCUCCGCGACGCCGUCGGCGACAGACUGCAUCUCAGUGGCGACUUUGCAAAGGAAGGAACGAUCUUUAACGCUGGCAAGGCCACAUCCAUGAAGCUUGUUUCCGCGACACAGGCAAUCUCGGCCUCAAAGGUCAUUUCCGACGCUCGACGCUCGACACCCAACCAGAAGAGGGGUUCACUCUCGGGCCUCAAGGCCCUUUUCUCUUCCAAGGGCAAUGCUCAGAAGCAACAUGCCGAGUACAGGCCGACCCACAACAAGGUCGACGAUGGUCCUGCCUGUCGCAUCUACGGAAGUGUGGAAGUCAAAAAGGUCACUGGCAACUUACACAUCACCACGCUUGGACACGGCUACAUGAGCUUUGAACACACUGACCAUGCUCUCAUGAACGUAUCGCACGUCAUCCACGAGUUUUCGUUCGGACCGUUCUUCCCGGCCAUUGCCCAGCCCUUGGAUCUCAGCCUCGAGUCGACAGACGAACCCUUUACCGCGUUCCAGUACUUCCUCAGGAUUGUCCCCACGACGUACAUUGACGCGAGCCGUCGCAAGCUCGUCACUUCUCAGUAUGCCGGAAUUCCUGGUAUAUUUUUCAAGUAUGACCUUGAACCGAUGACGGUGACCAUUCGCGAGCGCACCACCACCUUGUACCAGUUCUUGAUUCGCCUCGUCGGCGUCGUCGGUGGUGUCUGGAUGGUGGCGGCGUUUGGUCUGCGUGUGGCCAACCGUGCUCAAAGGAGGUGGUUAAGGCAGUUGACCUGGGGCCCUCCACUUUCAAUGAAGCGCGUUGACAAGGACCGCUUCUACAAAGAGCUGAGCCGCAAGGCGUCGAACAGUCACACCUUUGUUGCUCCAAAGCCUCUUCAAACCGCCUACCUGAACUCAUCUGAGGGUCUGUGGUCCGCUGACGCGUCACCUUCCUUUCACUUGAACAGCGACGAUUCGAUGGAUAACCUGGCGCGAUACAGGCGCACUUUGGACGACGGAGCUUACCCUUCUCCGCUUGGCCGCGCAAGCUACUCAACCAGCUCCUCUCUUAUCCCUCGCGAGCCAUACCCCCUGCGCCUGAGCGAUCCUGAGCGGUUCCGUCACACUCGUGAACCCGAGUGGGUCGCGCCAACUGUCCGCGAAUACGACCUCCAGAACGCUGCAAUGGAGCAGCAGCGUGAUCGCGAAUAUGCUGCUAACCUUGAGCGGGAGCUUCAUCUGUCCAAGUCGCGCGAGCAGCAACUUCUCGAACACCUGCACUCUGAGGAGCAGCAGGCCAGAGCCAAUCUACCCGCACAGCAGCACCUCGCUACCGAGGUAGAGAAGUUGGAGGACCGCAUUAAGGACCUCCAGAGCUCACUCGAGACCGAAAUCGAUAAGCGCCAGGAGGCUGAAAAGAAGGAACAGAGUCCUAUUAAGCACCAGUCGACUUUGGCCCGCGAGAAGAAUGAGCAAGAAGCUAAAUUUACUGCCCUUGAAGGUCGACUCAAAGCCACGGCGGACGAGAAGGCUCUUCUUCAACGUCGUCUGGAGGAGGCAACAGACUCCAACGUCAAGAGCAAGUAUGAGCAGUUGAUCAGAGAGAAAAAGACCCUCGAUGAGAGACUGCUGCUCGCGAACGCUGAAGUGGCUAAACUUCAAGACAAGAUCAACAUGAUGCGCUUCGACCACAACGCCCUACAGCGCCAGGUCGAGGAGCUGCGCCUCAAAUCCAAGGUUACGAGCGCUGCGAGGCAUGCGCUCGUCCAGCAGUUGAAGGCUGACAAGGACGCUCUUAUCCGCGAGAACGCCAUCCUCAAGCAGACGAAUGAGCACCUCCGUAGCAUGGCCAUAUCUCACAGCACCAAGCUUGGCAGUUCGGGAAGUCGCAGGUCCAAACGUGACCUAGGUGUCGACAGUGCAAUGUCCAAUGGCUCCAAUGGCGUUGUAUCUGCGGCCACUUUCAACAGUCAAGCCUCCUCCCCUUCCCAGCGGUCUUCGCCCGACAAUGACCCCUACUAG